AUGGCAGAGCGGGCCCUGCUGCUCCGGGAACCUGAGAACAAGGAGACAAGCCUGGUGCGUAUUGGGAAGUGGACUUCACAGAAGUCAAACAAGAUGCACAGCCAGAAAGUAGAAGGCGGCUCCGGGAUUCUGAGCAGCGUUUUGUCUUUGGCGCUGGCCCCUGAGCGGAGCCUCCUCUUCAGCGGUUCCAUCUCCUGGAGAGCCCAGUUGUCUCUGCAGCAGCGUCUGUCACCCUGUGACCUGCAGGGUCUGUUGACAUUCAAGGAUGUGUCUAUAGAAUUCUCUAUGGAUGAAUGGGCCUGCCUGGACCCUGCUCAGCAGAAUUUGUACCGGGAUGUCAUGUUGGAGACCUACAGAAACCUGGUCUUCCUGGGUCUCGCUGUCUCUAAGCCAGAUCUCAUCAUCUGUCUGGAGCAAAGCAAAGAACCCUGGAACAUGAAGAAACACCAGACAGUUGUCAAAGACCCAGCUAUAUUUUCUCAUUCCACUCAAGAUCAUUUGCAACAGAAGGGCAUACAUAUUUUCUUCACAGACAUGAGCAGAUAUGGGAGCCGUGGCCUUGAGAAUUUAAACUUAACAAAAGAUUGGGAAAGUGUGAAUGAGUGUAAGCAGCAGAAAGAAUGUUAUAAUGGACUUGAAGAGUGUCCAACAGCUACCCAUAGCAAAAUCUUCCAAUGUGAUAAGUGUUUCAAAGUCUUCAGAAAAUUCCGAAAUCUAAAUAGGCAUAAGAUGAUACAUAGAGUAGAGAAAUUAUUUCAAUGUAAUGAAUGUGACAAAGGUUUUAAUUGGUACUCACAAAUUUCUGCACACAAAAGAGUUCAUACUGAAGAGAAACCCUACAAAUGUGAACAAUGUGGCAAAGCCUUUAAGUGGUGCUCAAAUCUCACACUACAUAAGAGAAUUCAUACUGGAGAGAAACCCUACCAAUGUGAGGAAUGUGGCAAAGCCUUUUAUCGGUACUCAGACCUUUCUGCACAUAAAAGAGUUCAUACUGUAGACAAACCCUACAAAUGUGAACAAUGUGGCAAAGCAUUUAAAUUACACUCAGUCCUGCAAGCACAUAGAAGAAUUCAUACAGGGGAAAAGCCCUACGAAUGUGAAGAAUGUGGCAAAGCCUUUAAUUAUUACUCUAGCCUUUCUGUACAUAAAAGAGUUCAUACUGGAGAGAAACCCUACAAAUGUGAAGAAUGUGACAAAGCCUUUAAUAGAUCCUCACAACUUUCUGAACAUAAGAGAAAUCAUACUGGAGAGAGACCCUAUAAAUGUGGAGAAUGUGGUAAAGCCUUUAAUCGGUCUUCAAUCCUUUCUAAACAUAAGAGAAUUCAUACUGAAGAGAAACCCUACAAAUGUGAAGAAUGUCACAAAACCUUUAAUCGGUACUCAAACCUUUCUUUUCAUAAAAGAAUUCAUACUUGAGAGAAAUCCUACCAAUGUGAAGAAUGUGACAAUGCCUCUAAUAGUAUUCCAAAUUUUUUGUACAUAAAAUAAUUUGUACUGGAGAGAAACUCUAUGAAUGUAAAGAAUGGGGCAAAACUUUUAACUAGACCUCAGACCUUAUUAAACAUAAUAGAAAUCAUAGCAGCAAAAAAUCCCAAGAAUGUAACUCAUGUGACAAAGCCUUACCUACUCAUCACAAUUUUCUGUACAAAAAAGAAUUCAUUCUGAAGAAAAACUCCACAAGUGUGAAGAAUGUGAGAAAGCUUUUAACUUUCACUAACACCUUCCUAUGCACAACAAAUUUAUAACCGAGAGAACCCUUAACAAUUGUGAAGAAAGUGGCAAAUCCUUUAACCACUACUCACACUGUUCAAUACAUUAAAGAAUGCAUAUUGAAAUUCUACAAAUAUGAAUAGUGUAAUAAAUUGUUUAAAUAUUUCUUAAGCUUUCUAAUCAUAAUUAAUGCAGGAGAAUAAUGUCACAAAGCCUCUAACUUGUGUUCUUGCUGUUAGAUAGGGAUAAGAAGAGAGAGGGUCCAGUGAUACUAGGAGUAUUUUGUCCAUAGUAAGAAGAACAAAUUGACCAGAGGAGUUUUCCAAGAAGGAAAACAUAACAUGUCAAGAAGGCUUCCACAGACUGAGCAGGUAUUAGUUCUUAAAAAAAAAUGGAUCUUGUGUGGCAGAGAGGCCACAAAGUGGACAUAUGGCCAAGACCACCAAAAGUGGUCUUUGGAGCAUGCAUACAAGUAAGGGGACAGUACCCUCAAGUGAUUCAUUAUCUUUAACUUAGUAGCAAUUACAGCUGCUCGGGGACAGUUUGCAAAUACUGUGACAAUCGCCAGAAAAUGCCACACACACACACACACACAAAAGGUAGGACUCAACUAUUACAAGAAAAAUUAUAUUUUAUGCCUCCCCCUCUUAACACAGAUUUAAGAAAUGGACAUAAACUGGAAAGAUCUUAUUAAACUCAGGGCCUUUUCCACAUCAGGAGGUAGGCCCUUUCCUUCUCUGGAAUGUAUAUGCUUUAAUAAACUUUGGACUUUUGUCUGCUUUUAUCUACUUGGUAUCCUCAUUUAUUUCAUUGACUUGGUACUAGUAGCCAUUCAUUUCACUUGGAACCAAAACCCAGGGAAUAUAACCUGACAUCUAGUCCCCACACCAGAUAUUUAGGGACCAAAAUUUGGGGAAAAAAUACACAUCUUCCGCAAGAUAAGGUAAUGGAACUCUAGACAUUGUAAUGUUCACUCUGCCUGCUGCAUAUUAUUUAUUACUCCUACAUCUCUCUCAAUGUCUUUGCUUUCCAGAUAAUGAUUUCAUUCUCCCUGCUCCUCCUCCUCCUUUUUCUUUUCUUUUUUUAUUUCUUAUUCUCCGUCAACCCAACCCCCCAGCCCCCACAGUUGGUCCUGAUAGUGAAAAGCUUAAAAGAGGCCUCAGACUUGACAAGCAGAAUUUUCAACCUGGCCUUUGGUCUUGAUAACCAGUGUGGGGUGAAGAGAGGGUUAGAGAAUGCAGGGCCAGCAUCAGGCCAAGAGCAGAAAGAUGUUUUUCAAAUGGUUUCUACCACUACGGAAGAAAGUUUUUACUGCCAGAGUUACUCUAGAGGCUCAAGCAAGAAGACUGCAGGACUGAACCCUGUCCUCACUAUGACUCUGGGUCCCUGGAAAAAGAAAUGCCUCAAGAGUGGUCUCUGCUGCGACCAUGCCCCACUAUCAGAGAGAGAUACUGAAAGUGAUAUUGCCAUAUCCUUAAGAUAGUAUUUCACUCACCUUCCAGAUCGCAUUGAAAUCCUGACCCAUUGUUCUCCAUACCCACUGAUUCUCUGGAACUACUGUGAGAUCAACAAACCCCAGUUUCAGAACAAGCUAUAUUUUGUCUUGCUGGGUUUCCUGAUCCUUGUGUAGCGGAUAGUAAUAACAACACUGGAGCUACUCCUCUGCUUCUCCUGAAUUUUCAGAACUUCUGUUUUUCUCUCCUGUCUCCAUACUAAGGAUGGACAAUGCAAUCCUUCUGUGUACUAUAUAAACUCUGAUCACUGGGAGGUCAUGUCUUCAUUUGUUUUAGCUUUUUCCAACUGCCUUAUCCAAUUGUUUGGAUGAAGUCUUAAGUUUAAGUUAUACACAUAAAUAAUCCUUUAAUACCACAGGCCUCCUUCCUCAGGCUCUAAAAAAAAAAAAAAAAAAAAAAACUUACUUUGUUUGAAAAUAGAAGAAAAAUUCAAGAAGGAACCAGGGCAUAGAAGACAUGUGAAGGAAGUCAUAAAUAUGAAGAUAUAUUUUAGGUAAGGAAUGUUAAUAUGAAAAGAGAUAAAUUUUGAGUAGGAAAAAAAAGAACUUAAUUAGAAAUAUCUAUCCUGGCUGGAUGCCCAUUGCUCAGUGGUUAGGGUGCUGGCCACAUGCACUACAGCUGGUGGGUUUGAAACCAGCCCAGGCCUACUAAAAUAAAAAUAGCCUGGCAUUGUGGUGGGCACCUGGAGUCCCAGCUACUAAGGAGGCUGAGGCAAGAGCCCAAGAGUUUGAGGCUGCUGUGAGCUGUGAUGCCAUGGCACUCUACCAAGGGUGAUAAAGUAAGACUCUCUCUCUAAAAAAAGAAAAAAAAAAUGUCUAUCCUAAAACAUCUCAUGACUUAAGAUAGAAAAUUUGGGGCAAGCAGAGAGCUCCCACAUGUAAAAGAUGGUCUAUGUAAGAUGUAGAGGUUUCUGAGAGUCAAUUUAGAAAAACUUUGUAUGGGAACAAGUUGGCUAAAAUGAAAAAGGCAUCUUUAGUUAAACAAUAUAUUCUUUUCUCAGUUAUGUUACUUAUGUUUAAAACGUUUUUAGUCUUCUGUUUUUUGUAUAUGUUUAAAUUGAUAAACAAUUUUUAUCAAAUAUUCAAGGUUAAUUUACCAAUACAGAGUUAAAAUAAAACCAACUCUCUAUA